ACAAAUUGACCCAAUUAUAUAAAAUUGUCUAAAGGUCGUAUUCAUUUAUUUCGGUAGAUUUUGUUGAGUGAAGACAACUUAUUGGAUAGUGCAAAUGAAUGUGAACCCUGAAAAAAAACGUGUUUCUUGUAGGCUUAUAGCUCAUCAGGAUAGUGGCAGAGUUCGAUGGUGUGUGGGUCAAGAAAGAAAAUGGCAAAAAGUUUUGAAACGAUUAGCACUUGUACCAUUAAUUCUCCUGCCUGUGGUUAUAGUUGUAAUUCUCGUCGCAAAACACACUUUUGGAGGCAAAGGAAACACCAACUCGCAAAACUUUUUCGCUGAAAUAAGCAACGUUACGUUAAGCGAACAGAUCUAGACAAAAGGCCGUAAAAAGAUACAUUAUCAGAACAAAGAUUUUUGCACCUUUUUCAAACGUUGUUAUACUUAAAACUUCACUCACAAACUUUAUCCGUAUAGGAAUCAUUUUUAGAAACUGAGAACAACAGAAAAUACCUAACUCAAUUUACUGUAUGAGAAUCCCAACAUAUUUUCACAGACAAUUUUAAGUUUUUCUUGAAAGAGAUCUACACAAACAGCAAAAGAUGAAAAACUGUUGCGAAUUAUUUUUAGAGGGAGAAUACAAAUUUAAAUUGUAAAUAAGAAAAGCAAACUGCAUAAGAAAAGUUCGUUGGUCAAUUUUGAACAAAGAAAUCGAUAAAAAUGUUCACAAGCACUUUUUACACAACAACGAAUAAUAUCGAAAAACGCCCAAGCGUAAAAUGUAUCAUCUAAAAAAUACACAACUAAAAAAUUUCAAUGUAGGUAUCUUUUCAGGCCAGGAAAGCAUCCUCCAAAAAAUGUAGAUAUUAAUUAGAUAAUGAUACGUAUAUAAAUUAUUUAAAAAUAAAAUAUGUAAUUAAAGUGUUUCAGUUUUAAAUAGGCACCUACAGAAGCUGCUUUACUGUGAAAAUAAUUUUUGCAAUAAAUCACAAAUUUCACGAAUUGGUAGUAGAUUACCUCAAUAUUAGGCUUUAUUCGACAAAAACUGACAAUAUCAAUAAUGUUAAUUUUGUUAUAAUCCCACCGCUGUCACCAAUGUUAUAAUCUUGGAUCAUAAAGGGACUUGCACCUAUUUUGAACAAGGACUUAACUAAACAGAUGGUGGAAUUUUUUAAAGAGGAAAUGUAGUGGACAUUAAUAAUAAUAAUAAAAUAUAAUAAUGAAUUUACUGGUUCACAACACCUCCCCUUUUAUUUUGAGAAGAUAUUUUAUAUACCGUAAGUGUAAUAAAAUCGAAAAUUAUAAUUCAAAUCUAAAAUAUAAAUAAUACUUAUCAUCUUAACUUGUACAAGAUACUUAGUUGGUAGUUAUAGUAACUUUUACUAAUUGAUGGGACAAUAAAUUUUUAAACAGCAUCACUAUAAACAUGGAAAAUUAAUUCUUCCACUUCAUGGAUCGCCUAGAUAGCAUUAUUAUUGGUUGAUUGAAUCGAGCAGGAUUUAUAUUUACUUUAAUACAUAAGUUGGGUAUCAUACCACAACAGGAAGAUUUAUUUAAGAAUUUCUUAUAUAGAUUAUACAAUAUAAAUAGGCCAGCAAUGCUGAAAUGAAAAUAGCAAUAGUCGAGGCUGAAUGAGUAUAAGUACUCAACAUUUGUUUCCUCUGUAGCUCCGUCUGUCACUUAGUUUAUGGCUUGCAUCGAGCUCAGGAAUAUAUUUCAUAAGUGUUCAGUGUUCUAUAAUAUUCAUUUUGAAAAAAAUCUGUUAAAUUGUAUGUUUGUCAAAUUGAUAUGUUUGUCUUUAAGAUGUUCACAGCGAUUAUCAAUUAUGUGGAAGGGGGCACGAAUUCACCCAUAAUUUUUUGUUGUGCUUCUGAAAGAAUGAAAAUGGAUGUGUCUGAGAGGAAAGUCAGGAAAGUGUUAAUUUGAGAAUAACAGGGUCAGAAAAUCGUUUCUUAUUAAGAGGCCAACAACAAGCCGUUAAAAAUUGAGAAAAAGGGUUGAUUUCCCGAGACGAGAACUCACUUAUUUUGUAAUAUUUUUUGACCGGAUUAGAAAAUAAUAAAAGAUAAAAAUCUAAAGAAUAA